AUGAAGAAUACGCGUCUCUCGGACAUUCGCCCGGAUGUAUACCGACUGGAUCUCUCACGGAAGGAUGACCUCCGAUUCCUGUACGAGACACAGCACCGUGUGGACCCCGAGUUGGUCCCCGUAACGAAGCGUAUCUCUCAUGCAAUGAGGCAGAUGAAUCGGAGUCACAUCUUCGACACGGCCCCUGCGCCAACCCAACCAGCAGCAGCAACGCCCGUAAAAAGAAACAGUGACGGACUUGGCUCUCUGGCACGGUUUGUUCUUGGCUCCGAGGCGCGCAACUGCUCGCCGGUGAGGCGCCGCACCCCCCGCAGUUGCAGCGCCAGCGCCACAACGCUCCGCCUCUUCGGCGGCUAUGCGGACAACAGUGUCUCACCACCACCGCAGCCGCGGACUGGUAUGCGGCAGGUGCCGACUCACCCAGCGGACAAACUUGGACCCGACUUCCUCGCGCGGGAUCCACUCAGCGAAGACAUGUUUUCCCGCCGCGGGGUUCGCACCAUUAAGGCGGUAGAGGCGUUCGAGGCGGCGCAGCCCAAACUGACGUUGCCCCCGCGGAAGCAAACGUCCCGAGUGACGGACGCGAUGCGAAGUCACUCGGCCGCGUCAGACAGUGAUAUCUUUGGCGUGCGGAGGCGCCGAGAGAACAUGGGGCAGCGGCCUCGUUCCGCAUCUGCGCACUCCAACGACCCGUACGGCUCUGAGCAUGGCGAUGAGAUGCCGCAAAAGAACGGAUUUCCGAAACAAGGGACGAAUCUCCGCGUUGAAGUGAGACGCAACGGUGACGCGGCGCAGCGCAGCACCGAGCCCUUUGGUGGGGGGGAGGAGGAGGUGCCUCGUAACAAAGGCACACCGACACGCCAUCACCUCAGCCGUCGCAGCAGCUCCCUCACCAGCAGGACAAACGGUGCCGCUCCCGUUUUCACUCGUCCCAUUGCACCGAACAAGUGGGAUGGUCGGCGAUCACCUUAUCGAUGCGGCAGCGGUAGGGAGAGCCAGCGCAUGAGCGCCGCGGCGGAUCCGUACGCAAGCACUGCUGGGGUGACGGCAGAAGGUACGACGUCGAUGGUCUUGGAUCAGGAGCAAUACAACAUCACACCGCUGGUGUCACCGCGGCAGCGGACGACGGGUCGUGCCCGCGUGCCAGGUUACUCAAUAACAGCCUCUAACGUCAUAUUUGGCGGGGGACAAGUGCUCGAGUCACCGCAGCGGUCUCCGAGGAAAACACAGUUGCAGUCUUCACAGAUGCGCAACAUUUUAACUUGGCAGUAG